GGGUGUUUUAUUUUUUCUAUCCUGGGCCUAACACUGCAUGAUACAUAUAACAGUCUGUCUUUGACUUUCCCGUGGGCCCCACGAGGGCUCCACUCGAUCUCUGCUGCCCCCGGGACGCCAGCGCCCUUCGCCGGUGAUUGACAGGAUGGGCAGCCCUGGGGCGCGCCGGCGCAGUAGCUCUGGGAGAACUUCCGGGACGUGCCCUGGGACAUUUUUGGCGUGAGCGGGGACAACGGCCGGUAGGGCGCGGCCGGUACUCUACGUUCUGGGCCUCGGGGCGCCAUGCGCUACAACGAGAAGGAGCUGCAGGCGCUGUCCAGGCAGCCGGCCGAGCUGGCGGCCGAGCUGGGCAUGCGGGGUCCCAAGAAGGGCAGCGUGGUGAAGCGACGACUGGUGAAGCUGGUGGUUAAUUUCCUCUUCUACUUCCGGACGGAUGAGGCAGAGCCCGUUGGAGCCCUGCUGCUGGAGCACUGCAGAAUCACCCAGGAAGAGCCCAGCGGCUUCUCCAUCAGCUUCAUCGAGGACCCGGAGAGGAAGUACCACUUUGAGUGCUGUAGCGAGGAGCAGUGUCAGGAGUGGAUGGGGGCUCUUCGUCGAGCCAGCUACGAGUUCAUGCGCCGGAGCCUCAUCUUCUAUAGGAAUGAGAUCCAGAAGAUGACCGGCAAGGACCCCCUGGAGCAGUUCGGCAUAUCGGAAGAGGCCCGGUUCCAGCUGAGUGGCUUGAAGGCAUGAGUCCACGAUCAGGCUCCUCACACUCACCAGUUUUGAGGAGCCCCCCCCCCCCUCCCAGGGACCUGGAUUUAUGGAGUGAGGUGUUUCGGCUUCAAGACUCCAGAGGCCCCAGGCUGCUGAGAGUGGGCAGGGGCUGUGCCUUGGGACCCACCAGACUGGUCCGGCACCUCUUGGUGCCACAUGCUGCUGCCGGGGAGUGUUGUGUCUGGCCCCGCGGGCACAUCCCUCCAGGGCCUGGCGAGGGAGGCCCGAAGCUCCUGCUCUGUGCAGGCUGAAUGCAUGAAGCUGGACGAUGCUGUGAAGGGCACGGGGCUGUGAACUGUCCUGCUGAGGGCGAGGGCCGGCCCUGGCUGGAGGCCGCUGGGCAGAGCUGGGAGCUUUUGCCCUUGGGCCCGUGUGCCUAUUCUGUUCAAAUAAAGGUACCUCUUUUUUCCACA